AGAGGCAGGCAGCAGCUGGGGAGAGAAGGAGACAGACAGACUGCGUAAAGAGGAGGAAAGAGAGACAGACCGGGGAGAGUUUUGUCUUCCACAUCAAUGGAGGUUUUCACCGCUGCAGAGGAGGAGAACUGACGGAGAGAGAAAUCCGCUCGAAAUGGCCAAAAACCAGGAAGUGGAGCGCAUCGCCAAAAAGCUGGAUAAAAUGGUGCACAAGAAGAACACGGACGGAGCUCUGGACCUGCUGAGGGAACUUAAAAACAUCAAGAUGUCUUUGGAGACCCUGCAGUCAACUAGAGUUGGGAUGUCGGUGAAUGCAGUGAGAAAACAGAGCUCAGAUGAAGAAGUUCAGAAUCUGGCAAAAACUCUCAUCAAGUCCUGGAAGAAACUGCUGGACGGUUCGGAGGAUAAGGAAAAGAAGAAGGACGGCUCUCCUGUGAGGUCGUCAUCAACCUCAAAGGACUCUGGCAGCAGCGAGAAAAGCAGUGAGAAGUCUGGUGAAUCCCCGACCACCCCGACCAACCCUACGACCCCAACAACACCCAGCAGCCCCACAAGCCCCACCCCCCAGACCCUCCCUCCUCGGAUCACCUCCUUCCCCCCAGCUCCCGUCACCACUGACAGUGUGAGGAACAAGUGUCGAGAGCUGCUGGUGGCAGCACUGCAAACUGAUGAUGACCACAAGACCAUCGGAGCGGACUGUGAGCACCUGGCAGCAAACAUUGAAGAGGAGAUCUUCCAGGAGUUAAAAGUGACAGAUAUGAAAUAUAAAACUCGUCUACGAAGCCGAAUCUCCAACCUGAAGGACCAGAAGAAUCCCGAUCUGCGGCGAAACGUCCUUUGUGGAAACAUCUCAGCCAAACGCAUCGCCUGCAUGACUGCCGAGGAGAUGGCGAGUGCCGAGCUGAAGCAGAUCAGAAGCUUGACUAAAGAGUCCAUCAGAGAGCAUCAGCUGUCCAAGGUGGGGGGAAGUGAGACUGACAUGUUCAUCUGCAACAAGUGUCACGGAAAGAGCUGCACGUACACACAGGUUCAGACCCGCAGUGCUGAUGAGCCCAUGACCACCUUUGUGCUGUGUAACAGCUGUGGCAACCGUUGGAAGUUCUGUUGAAGAGGACGAGCGUGUACAUAUUCUAUGAAGUAAAAAGUGAUUUGAAUGUGGAUUUAAAAAGAUGAAUUUAGUUUUCUUUAUUUUGUAUAAUUUCUUUAUAUAUAUAUUUAUAUAUAUAAAAGUAACAGAGCUGUAAUAUAUUUAGAGACGAAUACACUAGAUCAUGUUGUCUAUUGGUUUGAUUUGUUUUCUAUGGAGCACUUAGAGAGUUUCUUUCUUCUGCUAGAUGAAGCUUUGAACCCUCACAUUAACUCACAUUAAGGCCUUGUGGAAACAGUAGACGUGCCUUUCUUUGCCAUGUUGUGCUGACACAUAUUUUGCCCUUAACAAUUCUAUUAAAGUUCCUCUUGGAUCAAGAA